UUCAGGGCGGGCGGCCGGCCUUGGCAGCCCUCGGCGAGCCCUGGCGGCGGGGAGCCGUUGCGUGAGAGCCCAAGUUCCCCUCAGAGGCUGCUCGGGCUCUGAGGCCCGGCGUCCGCCUCAGGGCGCAGAAUGGCACAGAAGAAGUAUUUAAUAUCAAAACUGACAAGUUGCCUGAGAGAGGACAAAAUUCAGCUAUGGAAACCACCUUAUACAAAUGAAAACAAAGAAGCUGGUAAAGAGAUGAAGGAGCUUGUACAAAAAUAUUCAUCCAAGUUGAGUAUCAGUGAGAAUGAUACAGAGAAUAUGCUGGAAGAAAUACGGUGUAAAGCAAUUGAGCGUGGAACAGGAAAUGAACAUUUUAGAGUGACUGGGAUUGCAAGACUCGAUAUCUAUCUUCCUCGUAGAAAAAGCAGAAAGGUCCCUCUGGAAACUAACCUGUUCAUCACAGGCAAGGAGCUCAGAUCACAGAUAGCACAGGAGCAUGCAUUACAAGAAAAUGCUAUCAAAAUAAUCAUAAAUAAGAAGCAGCUUGACCUGGGCAGAACCCUUGAAGACCAGGGCAUAACACACAAUGCAAAAGUGAUGGUACUUCAGCUGGAGCAGAGUGAUGAGGAAACAAAAAGAAAAGUUCAGGAAGAAGAACUUCAACACAAGAAAGAAAAAGAAAUAAAUGAAAAGAUGCAAAGAACUAAGAAGGGUUUGGAAAUUCUAGCAGAGAGAGAGGAAUACUUAGAUCCAGAUUCUGUUCCAUACCUAGAUAUAGCUAAUCAAACUGGAAGGUCAAUCGAGAUUCCUCAUCAAGCUAAGAAAGCACUUGUGCUGGCAAUGGGUUAUCAUGAGAAGGGCAGAGCAUUAAUGAAGAAGAAAGAAUAUGAAAUAGCACUGCCGUAUUUGCUGGAUGCUGAUAAACACUUCUGUGAGUGUAGCACAGAACUGCUGAAUACGGUUGAUAACUAUGCAGUACUGCAGCUGGAUAUAGUGUGGUGCUACUUCCGCCUGGAGCAGCUGGACUGCCUGGAUGAUGCAGAGAAAAAGCUGUCCACAGCACAUAGAUGCUUCCAGAGGUGCUACGGGGAGAACCAUGAGAGACUUAUUGAUAUCAAAGGAAGCUAUGGUCGUGAGAAGGUUUUAUUUCUGCGGCUUUAUCUCCUUCAAGGGAUAGGACACUAUCACAGUGGCAGAGAAAAAGAGGCUGCUGAGCAUAUUCAGAAGGCAUCUUCAUUAUAUGAAGAGCUGUCUGUAGAUCCUGAUAAAGUUGAUUGUCUGUCACUCUUGGGAUUCUCCGAACAGGAAGCUCGCCUUGCUCUGCGAGCAUGCCAUGGGAAUGUGGAGCAUGCUGCCAAUCUUAUCACCAACAGGAGAGAGGAAAAGGCACAGAUAAGGAGGGAGGAGAGAGCUAAAAGAAGGAAGCGACUGGAAGACAUCAAUACCUUGAAAAGUAUGGGCUAUUCAGAGAGAGCUGCUCAAAUAGCUCUUCAUAAUACACAAGGAAACCUGGACCAAGCCUUUAAGUUUAUUCUUGACAAUCCCGAGUUAUUGUUGGAAGAUGAUGAUGAUGAUCCUGUGGCCAUGGACCAGUUUCAGGUUUCCCAGGAAAGUAUUGAUCAACUGAUGUACAUGGGUUUCAGCCGUGAGUCAGCAGAGCAAGCUUUAAAGGUCUUCAAAGGCAACAUCCACUUAGCUUCCCAAACCCUUGCUCAUUAUGGGGGACUUCUUCCUGCGUCACUGCAGCUUUCUCCAGCAGGGUCCAGUCCAUCGGAAGAAUCAACCUCUUCAAAAGACUCAUCUACAGAAUUUGCAGAGGUGAAUUCACUGCUGCUGCUUCUUAUUGGAAGGUUCUUCUGGUUCACCAACAGAUGAAGAUAUGGAGAAUGAUGCAGUCAAUGAAAUCCUAGAGGAUAUUCCUGAACAUGAAGAGGAUUAUCUGGAUUUAACACUGGAGGAAGAGAAACAGAUCAUCCAUGAAUACUUAUCCUAUAUACAAGUACCACAGCAAUAAAUCCCUUUAUAUCUA